UUCUAGUCAUGAUUAUGAAUGUUUAUUGAAGAUUUGAUUAGACGUACAGCCUAGGAUUCAAUCAAAUAGAGUAGUUGACGUUGCUUACUGUGGGUAUUUAUACCUAGCCUCGUGCGUACCGAGCCUAUAAAUCAAGACACUCCAUAAUACCUCCAAAAUGUCUUAUUGCACCGUCCUCGCCCUUCUCAGCCGCAAACCCGACCUAGCCCGAGACGAAUUCAAAGCCUACUACGAAACCACUCACAUGGCGCUCGUCACGGACUUUGUCUACGAACUCGGCCCCAUUUCUCUGACCAGUUUCCUAGAGCUAUGGCUGAGUAUCAUCGUGGUCUCUCUGCCGACGCUGGCACCUCUGUUCAAACGCUACGUGAAGCUCCUGGUAUCGCAACGGUCGCGCAGUACUGGCGGCCAUGUCCGGCUUCGCGAGGCGCAGCACAAGAUCGGGAGCACGUCGGUUAAGUAUCAUCGGCAGGAUGUGAUGCUCCGUUCGGCGCGAGAAGAAGGUUUGGAGGAGGGGGGGGAACGAGGACGAUAAGUAUGGCGACUCGGCC